AUGGCACCCAAGAAAGAGAAAGGCGGGACGGCGACCACCACCGGUUCUAAGCUAUGGGAACCGUCGCUCAUCGCUGCACACUUCAACCAGAACGACUGGAAGGGCUCCAUUGCUUUUGUAGUUGGAAACCAGACUGAGGACGAGCUUCUCAUUCGAGCCCUCACCCUCGCGGUCCAAGCCCCUCAGCGCAGACUCUUCAGUGUGGUUUCGUGGCAAGACAUUCUCCAGAAGAUCAAUGGAUCGAGUGCACUUUUUGAAACUCCGUCUAAAAAGGCAAAGAAACCUCUAGACAGUAAUGCUCCCUUAUAUUAUGAGGUGUUAACGGCAGCAAAAGCAAUUAUGGACAGCGGAGAGAAAUUAACCUUACCACUGAUAGGGAAACUCUUGAAAUUUCAGCUUCUCCAGAUUAAAUUUAAGGACCAGCAGCGACGGGAAAACGAGAAGAAGGUGCUCGAAGACAGGUUUAAGAUUGAAAAGGAUAAAGGGAAAGCAAAAUCUCCCAAGGAGAAGAAGGCCCCAGGUGCCAAGGUUGCCAAAGGAAAGGGAAAGGAUCCGCCUGAGGCAAACUCAGCAGUGAAGAAGACCACCCAGUUAGUAAGGAGGGGAGAGGAGGACGACUGCAAACAUUACAUUGAUGAUGAGCCAGAUGACGGUGCCCAGCACUACAUUAUCGUUGUGGGCUUCAACAACCCUCAGCUAUUAGCGAUUAUGACUGAGCUUGGCAUUCCCAUAAGCAGCGUGAUUAAAAUAUCUUCAGAGAAUUAUGAACCUUUGCAGACACACCUGGCAACAGUUAGCCAGCAACAGGAGAGUUUUCUGCAGCCAGAAGAUAUAGAAGCUGAAAAACUGAAGAAAGAGCAUGCCAUAAAAGAACUUGAAAUUUUCUGGAAGUACUUGGAACCAAUCCUGAAUAAUGAGAGACCUGAAACAAAUCUCUUUGAUGUGGCUCGGCUUGAAUACAUGGUCAAGGCUGAUGACUUUCCCUCCGACUGGUCAGAUGGCAAGAUGUUGCUGGAACUGGGCACCGAGAUUUUUGAAAAUAUUGCCUGUUUGAUGUACGACAGCCUGGACUGGAAAAGGCAGCACCAGCGCUAUUUGGAAAACAUGCAGCUCAUUAACGUCCCGCAGGUGGUUAGUGAGAAACCUGUCUUAGAAGCUACGUCGAUUUCUGAGCCUCCACAAACUGCCACUGCAACCCCUGGAAAGAAGAAAACACAAUAUGAGGAACCUCAGGCUCAACCUCCACCACCACCACCACCAGUGGCGUCCAUCAUCACAAAUGAAGUAGACAUGAGAUAUUACAACGAUUUACUGAAUCCAAUUCCAGAGGAAUUCAUUUCCGUGCCCUUGGUACUGCAUUGUAUGCUGGAACAGGUUGUGGCAAGUGAAGAAGACCUUGUCCCACCCAGUCUGGUGGAGCCGCCUCCCAGAGCAGAUGGGUUGGACCGUAGGAUCGCCACUCACAUUGUGUCCAUCCUGCCCUCUCUCUGCUUGACAGAGAGGGAGAAAAAGAACCUCCAUGAACUAUUUUUAUCUGAAGAAGAAAAUGAAAGCACACCAGUACCCAAAGCCCCUCUCCUACUGAACUAUCAUGAUGCCCACGCCCACAAGAAGUACGUGCUAAAGGACCUCAAGAAUUUUGACCCGGUUCAAAUUGAGCAGGAGAUGCAGUCCAAGUUGCCACUGUGGGAAUUCCUUGAAUUCCCUCUGCCCCCGCCACGGAACAGCACGAAGCGUCUAGCUACAAUUCAUGAGCUCAUGCACUUUUGUACGAGCGAAGUCUUGAGCUGGAAUGAAGUGGAGCGAGCCUUCAAAGUGUUUACUUUUGAGAGCCUGAAACUCUCUGAGGUUGAUAAAGAAGGGAAACUGAAGCCUCCGAGGAUGAUGUAUGGGACAGAUUCUGAAGAGUUCAACAUACCAUGGGACAACCCUGCCAGAUUCGCUAAGCAGAUGAGGCAACAAUACAUCACGAAGAUGAGCACCCAAGAGACAAAACGCCGAUCAGAUAAUGAAGCCAAAGACAGAGUUUUAUUUCUGGAUCAGAAUUUGUUGACGUCUGCACAAGAUGACAUGGUCAACAAAGAACCUUCAGAUCCUAGCCAGCCUGAUACUAACAAUCUGAAGCAUUCUGACCUGAAUAAUAAGAAAUCCUUAGACUCUGAUAAUAGAGAAAUGUCAGAGCAGGAGAGCAGCUUGAGGUCUCAGCUCCAUACUGAGCCUUUGGAGUGCACCAUGAACGAUGAGAUCAAAGAUGAAACCUUCACAAAUGCUGACCCUCUUGAAAAGAAACCCAAGAAGAUGACUGUGGAAGCGGACUUAGAGGACAUAAAGAAAACACAGCAACGCAGUCUGAUGGACUGGAGUUUCACGGAACAUUUUAAACCGAAAGUCCUACUUCAGGUUCUUCACGAAGCCAAUCAACAAUAUAGGUGUAUUGAUUCUUAUCACCAUACCCAAGACAACUCCUUACUAUUAGUCUUUCAUAAUCCAAUGAAUCUCCAACGUCUGCAUCGUGAAUAUUGGAAUGUUGCUCUUCACUCCAAUGUUGGAUUCAGGAAUUAUUUGGAACUUGUUGCAAAAUCCAUUCAAGAUUGGAUCAUAAAAGAAGAAGCAAUAUAUCAGGAGUCUAAAAUGGCUGAGGAAAUCAUGAGGACCAAGAAUGAACUGGAAAUGAAAUCUGCUGGUACCAAAAUGUCUUCUUCUAGCAAGAUUUAUGCUGUUAAAAAAUCUAAAAGCAACAAAGGAAUGAGCAAAACAGAGAUCUCAGAUCAAGAAAAAGAAAAAGAGAAGGAAAAGAUUCCUUUUAUUUUAGAAGGCUCUCUCAAGGCCUGGAAAGAAGAACAAGAUCGAUUAGCAGAAGAAGAACGCUUAAAGGAAGAAAAAAAAGCAGAAAAGAAGAGUAAAGAAGCUGGUAAAAAGAAAGGCAAGGAAAAGCCAGAAAAAGAAGACAGGAAUUUCAAUAGAAAAUCUUUCACAAAGGACAAAAGUAAGGAAGAGCAAAUAAAGAUCCCAGAAAUGGCAGAGGAGCCCCUCCAGGAACCAGAACCCGAGACUGUCUACACGUUUCGUGGAUACAAUAUGGGAGAUACACCCGUCCACAUCUCAGGAACAAAUUAUUAUCUGUAUCCUUCAGAUGGAGGGAGGAUUGAAGUAGAAAAGACAACAUUUGAAAAAGGUCCAACUUUUAUCAAAGUCAAAGUGGAAAAGGACAAGCACGAUUUUAUAAUUCAUUUGAGAGACCCUAAGAAAAUUGUAAAAAAAAAAGAAAAAAAUGAAGAGUAUUAUUCUUCAGAAGAUGAGAAAGAAGAAAGAGAGGAAGGACAGAAUUUUGAAACAAAAGAAUCAAAUGCAGAGAAUAAAGCUGUCAGCAAGUUUGGAUCUUUUUCUGCCACCUUGGAAAACGGAAUCUGCCUCUCCAUAAGUUCCUAUGGACCGAGUGGAAUGGCGCCAGAGGAGAAGGAUCCUGAUUUGGAAGCGAUGUUGAAUAUCCCAUCAGCACUUGCUCCAACAGUAAUUCCUGUUAUCGUGACUGUUCCCCAAGGCAAAGGAAAAGGGAAAACCAAAGGCAAAGAAAAACACAAAGAAUCCCUGAAAGAAGAGGAACACCCAAAGAAGGAAGAGAAAAAGGAAGAAGUAGAACCAGAACCUGUUUUACAAGAGACUCUUUAUGUCCCCACCUUCCAAAACCUGAACGUGUCUUGCCCCAAUGGGCUCCAGGUGACCUUCAUUGGGCAAGAGUCCCCAGAUCAAUAUGUUAUAGAUGAGGACCCCACUUGGGACAUCAUGGUCCGACAGAGCUACCCCCAGAAGGUGAAGUACUAUGAGUUCUACAAAACGGUGAUGCCACCACUGGAGCAAGAGGCAUCGAGAGUCAUCACCCGUCAAGGCACUGUUGUCAAAUACAUGUUGGAUGGAUCCACGCAGAUUCUCUUUGCAGAUGGGACUGUGAGCAGUAGUCCCGAUUCAGGUCCUGUUUGUCUUGCCGCUGAAGUGCCAGCAAGCCCGCCCAGUGGGGACUUGAUGGACACGGUGUCUCAGCAAAAAUCGGAAACAGCACCAUCGGAGGCUGUAAUCACAAAGAAAGGAAAAAGUCAAAAGAAUCAGUCAACAGUGGCACAUAAGAAUGAAAGCCAUGACCCCCCGCCAGAAACAGUUCAAACAGUAACUCCCGUGGAGGUUCACCUAGGCACCUGGUUUACAACUACACCUCAAGGAAAUCGGAUUGGCACCAAAGGAUUAGAAAGAAUAGCAGACUUGGCCCCAUUUUUGUCCUUUAAGGCCACGGAUCCUGUCAAUGGCACGGUUAUGACAACUCGAGAAGACAAAGUGAUCAUCGUUGAAAUGAAAGACGGUACCCGGAUAGUAGAUCAUGCUGAUGGUACCAGAAUCACAACCUUUUAUCAAGUUUAUGAAGAUCAGAUUAUCUCUCUGGAUGAUCAAGAAACAACCGAAGGUCCUCGGACGGUCACCAGGCAGGUGAAGUGCAUGCGGAUAGAAAACUCACACUACGCCACUGUCAUCACCAACUGCGAGGACAGUAGCUGCUGUGCCACCUUUGGGGAUGGGACGUCUAUCAUUGCAAAGCCACAGGGAACAUACCAGGUGUUACCUCCAAAUACAGGCUGUCUUUAUAUUGAUAGGGAUUGUUCGGCUAUAUAUUGCCAUGAAUCAAGCAGUGAUAUGUACCAUCCUUUCCAAAAACGUGAGCAGCUGAGAGCCAGCAGGUAUGUCAUGAAGCACACAUCAGAGGUUAUCUGCGAGGUCAUGGAUCCUGAAGGAAACACCUUUCAGGUCAUGGUUGAUGGUACCGUGUCAACUGUCCUGCCUGAAGACAAUUUGGAAGAUGAUUUAAAUUCAAAACCUGAAGGCUAUGAUACUUUAUCAUCUAUUCACCUCCGUAAGAAUCACCUGCAAAUCUAUGGUGAACAUGUCCCCAGGUUUUUUGUCGUCUAUGCUGAUGGAUCCGGAGUGGAACUUCUUCGAGACAGUGACAUAGAAGAAUGCCUCUCCUUGGCAUAUGGAGAAUCAGCGACUGUGGUUCUUCAGGAGCCCGUGCAGGAGCAGCCAGGUGCCCUGAGCAUCACUGUCCUUCGCCCUUUCCAUGAAGCAUCACCUUGGCUCAUGAAGAAAGAAUUAGAUACGAUUGUUCCUCCGAAUCUCCAGUCAAGGACAUGGGACACAUUUCCUUCAGUGGAGAAAAAAACUCCAGGACCUCCGUUUGGCACUCAGAUUUGGAAGGGCCUCGACAUUGGGUCCAAGCAGUUAGUGGGCGCCCCAGCCCCUACCCUGAAAAGCCCCGAUGUGCUCCAGAUACGCCAGUUCAUCCAGCACGAGGUCAUAAAGAAUGAGGUGAAACUGAAGCUGCAGAUGUCCCUAAAGGAUUAUAUAAACCAUAUUCUAAAGAAAGAAGAUGAGCUUCAGGAAAUGACAGUUAAAGAUUACAGAACCGAGGAGGAAAGGGGCAAUGCAGCAGAUCUCCUCAAGCUAGUGAUGUCUUUCCCUAAAAUGGAGGAAACUACAAAAAGUCAUGUUACUGAAGUUGCAGCCCACUUAACUGAUUUAUUCAAUCAGUCUUUGGCUAAUACACCAGAACGUCCACCAGAAACAUUCGAUACAGAUGUCUUUGAAAAGAAGCGGAGGCACACAGAAACAGUAAAGCGCUGGAAAGAAAAGAUAGCCCAAAAGAGGAAGGAAAUUGAAGAAACACAAAAUUAUCUAACGGAAAUAAGGAACAAAGUAGUAUCACCCUACUUCAAAUCUGAACUGAGCAAGUUGUAUCAGUCUCAGUUUAAUUAUCUGGACUCCCUUUCCAAAAACUUGCCUCCUUUUACAAAGAAAGACGAGGAUGCAAACAAGGCAGCUGUUCGAAGUACAUUCGAUCUUCCUCAAGAUUCCCAGACAAAUAAAGUUGCAGAACAAGAAUCCUCAGAUAUGCUUAAUCUUCCAAAAUCAGAGGACCUUGUGGAUACCAAGGAAUCUGCUAGCCAGAAACAAACAAAAGAUGUAACAACAUCUACCAGCGAAUCAGAGCUGUGUAUGCCCCUGAAAAUUCCCACGCAGUCACUGCUGCAGGAUGUGGCAGGACAAGCCAGGAAAGAGAAAGUGAGGCUACCUCACUAUUUGCUGAGUUCCAAGCCCAAGUCUCAACCUCUUGCAAAGGUGCAAGAUUCUGUUGGAGGAAGAGUGAGAACAUCUUCUGUUGCAUCUGCUGCCAUUAAUAAUGCAAGUUCAUCCCCUUUUGGAUUCCACCUUCUCCCACCCUCAGUGAAGUUUGGAGUGCUCAAAGAAGGACACACCUAUGCAACCACUGUAAAGCUCAAGAAUGUUGGAGUGGACUUAUGCAGGUUUAGGGUGAAGCAGCCCCCUCCCAGCACAGGACUGAAAGUGACCUACAAACCUGGGCCUGUGGCAGCUGGUCUGCAGACAGAGCUGCAAGUGGAGUUAUUUGCCAUGGCUGUCGGAGAGGACGGCGCCCGGGGGUCAGCACACAUCUCCCACAAUAUUGAGAUUAUGACUGAGCAUGACAUCCUCUUCUUACCCGUGGAAGCAACAGUUUUAACAAGCAGCAAUUAUGAGAAGAGACCAAAAGAUUUUCCCCAGGGUAAAGAAAACCCCAUGGUCCAGAGGAUUUCUACAAUUUCUGCCUCUGCCCUUGGAGUCUUCAUGUCCCGUGAAAUUUCUCCACAGUAGGUCAGGUAAGUAAUAAAUGGUAA